GGGAUUUUGUUUGGACUUGCGGUUGCAUCUAGUGGGUUGCUAGAUUGCCUACAUACCCCCAAGGAGGGAUCAAACCGUUGUAGUUCUUGGAUUUGUAUUUCUGGUGUUGAGAGAAUUUUUGUGUCGACGGAUGUAUAUAUAUUUAUUUUUGAAUCCCUCGAAUAUAUUUCUUCUGCAGACGCCCUAAUUUAAUUUGGGCACCCGAUGUGUCAAAACUUAUAUUGGGCCGUGAGAAUGGACUUUUGUGUUGUUACACAAACGAAUUUGGCCGGGCCCGAACAUCGAGAUAAACUGUUUGAAAAUGGGCUUCAUAAUUCGUGGAUGAGUGAUUCAGCAGGCCCAUGUAUUGGACAUCCAUCUUUCUUUCCAGGCCCUUUAGCUUUAAUUUGCGCCAAGCCCAAUUGAAUUAUUGAAAGGCCUACUCCAUCCAUGAGACCAAACAGAUAGACUCCAUCUUCACUCUGGCCAAACUGAUCAGCUGGAGUUCUUCUAGGCGUAGUUAUCCCAAGCGGAUAGAUACCAAAUCAGAGUGGGGGUCGAUCUCAAUUCGAAUUGGAGAAGGAGACACCUUCUUGUAUUCCCAAUAAAAGGGAGGGCUCCAUCGCUUGGCUCUAUACCCCUUCUCCAACAUGCAGAAUCUAAAAUUGCUUCAUUCGGCGGAGAAAUUAGAUUGAGCAUUUGGUGUGACAAUUGGACGAGCGACCAGUGUACAGUGUUAACGCGACCCAAUUCGAUUUCUGGUUACAGAGAAAGAUUAAAGAGAGUAUUUUAGAGGGUGAGGCUUUGAUCAUUUCUCUUGGUUGUUUGGCUUUGUAUGGCUUGUUUUUGGGAAGUAGUGGUGCAAGGCUUUCACUAUGGUGGAAGAAGGAAAAAGAGGCAGAGUGGGAAGCUUCCUGUGUGAUGUGUAUUGCUGAGAUUGAAGGAAGAAAAUGUGGCAUCUUGUGCAGAUUUCUAGCGCUGGAACUUGGCCGCUCAUGAAUGACCAUAUGUUCCAGUGCUGGCAAUCACAGCAGCCAAGCGUGUUAAGGUUGGCCACUCAUGAACGACCAUAUAUGUCUUAACGCAGGAGCAGAUCACCAUGAAGGUUGGUCGUUCAUGAACGAAAGAACGUUGUUCAUGAACAGCUUAUCUUUUGUUGACAGCAAGCAUUCCGGACCAUGUAUUUCUCUGUUAAGGAAGACGGGUACAGUAAGAGUGCGUUGUAUACCUGAGCAUCGCCUUUGGAGCUUGAAUAGUUGCUGGACAUGCUUUUCAGAUUUUUUUUCUUCUCUCUGUGUAUUUUGCUUCAACGUGGCCACCUUUAUAUAAUAGUGGUUGGAUAGCUGAUGCCUUGUAUUUGAAUUUGAAUAAUAGCCCUAUCUUUAGCACUUGUUUUUUUUUUUUUUCCGAAUGUUUGAAUUGGUUGAGAUAUUAACCAACACUUGAAUAGUCAAAGCUCAAAGCUAGCAGAAUUUAUCCUUGACGUUAUUCAAAGCCAAAAGACUUUGAAAAAUAUUUGAAUAGCCCCCCUUGCUUGAUGUUUGAACUUGGUCAAAGAUAAAACAGGCUUAUCUCAUGUGUGAAUGAGUAUCUUUUUUUUUCUUUCUAUACGGCAACCAUAAUUUUUUUUUAUAUCUCAACAAUUGCCCCCCAAGCAUUGUGCGUGAAAAGACUUUACAUGUGCGAGGCUUGAUAUUUCCCACUUACUAAUCUGUAUUUCUGUGUAUAGGUAAAUGGAUACUCAAGGAUUUCUUUGCUCCGAGUGAGCCCCCAAGAAGGAAGGGAAGGAUCUUGACUGCGGUCCCGAAUACCAAAGAUCGUUACCUUUGAACUCAAUUAGUCUCAUGGUGUCCCUUGAGAGUAGGCCUACCUGGGUUACCACUGCCAACUUGAAUUCUGGCCAUCUUAGAUUCGAUCCUCAUGCUGAUGACGGUGUUAAAAGAAUGUUCGCUAUUUUGGUGCUCGUUUUGAUGCUCACACGUUGAGGAAGGCGAACAAUGAAGAGGACGGUGACAGCAAGUUCCCAGUUGGAGAAGAUUUUUACCCUACCCUACAUAAAAUGCUGAAAUGUAAGAAAGACUGGGGUGAAGACUUCUAUUUUCGAGGUCGGGCCGUUUUUGAGCAUGGCAUUUUAGAAUGGAUGGAAACCAUCUUAACUGACAUUGAAGACGCAUUAGACAAAGCCGGUAUCUUUGGUGCAGUUGUUGUUUCUCGUUAUCCAUAUGACUAUUGCAGUAAUGUGUGGAGGGCAUUCUGUGAGCUGCGGGGGCCUUUGACAAACAUUUUUCAUCAUGUAAAUGGAGAAAUGAGCAUCUCUUUGCAUGAUUUGAAUGUUAUUGGAGGAUUGUCAGUUUCGGGACAACCAUACGAAGAAUUCGUUCCUCCAAAUAAAGAUCUGGUGAAGGUUGAAUUAUAUCCUCCUACGGUUGCAGAGCUUUUGAGGAUUUACACCUAUCUGUGCGCUGCUUAUAAGAGCAAGUAGGUCUACUGGCCAUGGUGGAUUGAACAUUCUCUCGUGGGGAAAUAAUUUACGGAGCCUAUGGUGAAUGUAAGAAUUCUGGGGUUCUGAAAUUAAGAGAACCGAACUUGAGUUGAAGAUUUCAAAACAAGGAAAAUUGGCUGCAUUCCUCGCGUUUUGGCUUAGCAAGUUUGUUUUCCCUUCCAAGAGUAAGAAGAUAAGGCCUCAGGGUAUCUCUUGCGCCCACAGUAUUGGGUUAUGUGCACCAUGGUCUUGGUGAGAUGGCUACUCACCCUGUCGGUCCCGGCUCUUCCAACUCUUGUUUGCCUAUCCACUACGUCAUUGGUUGCCUUAGAGAAUAUUUUCUUAUCUGUACUCAUCACUCUCUGAUAAAGAGUUCCUAGCAGCAUACCCUCGUUUGGACAGGUAUGCAGGUGUUCAAGGCAGGAGUCUAAGCAUUACAGAGGCUUGUAUGGUUUUCAGGACUAGUAAAUCUGUCGUGCAUCGCCAUAUCUCUGUAGCCUGUGAAAAAGACCGUUUUUUGCUUGAUGACGACUAAUUGCCUAAUGUGUUAUUUGAGGUCCUCGUCUGUAUGCGUUCUGCAGUGCUGCCUGUGCGAGUUGGCAAGAGUCUUUUCCUUGAGCCCUAUUAUCCGAAUAGGUUUGUUCGUCAGAUUGGUCUUGAUCAGAGUGUUCCCUCCAACAAACUAUCCUUUAGUGUUUCCAAAAGGCAGCAAUGUGGUGUUGAUGAUCUGUUGAGGGCACAGAUUAUCCUGUAUAGGAAGAACACUACCUCUCGUUUCUUUAUCCCACGUUCUUCUUAUUCUGGCCAGUGUACAUGGUGGUACUGCAGAUGGUGGUCGAGAGCUUGUACUCCUUACUUGGGGCUAUCGGUGUCCAAAACUUUCACGACUUUGAACGAGCACCCUCCUGAAAAGCCACAACGUGUUUUUGUCGUACAGAAAUUGAGAGAAAUUUCUAUUGGUCUGAAACAAGAGGUUAAAAUCUCAGAGGUGGAAAAGUCUUGGGAAAUCUUCUAGAAAGGCUCCUCGAAAAGUCUUGUGAUGGAGCUUCUUGUUCUAAGGCCAGCAGAGCCCAUCCCACAGAUGAAUGUGGUGGACACAAAAGAGUUAGGCUUGAAAAGGUGGUUGAAAAGACUGUUGUUAUCCCAGUGAAGUCUUCUUCAAAUGGUGAACGUGGUUAAAUGUUCAUAGUCCUUUGAGAAUGGAAGCUCCAGAUCAAGUCAUUAAGAAUGAAGCGGUUAUGCCAACCAUUUGUUUGAGUGAUGCUUCUUCAAACCAGGCUCUAUCACCAUUGUCGAAUCAAGAGAAUUCCAUAUCUAAUUUGCUUGGUUCAGAACUGCCGUCCUUCAAGAAAUAUUACCUCAUUGCUCAGGUUGUGGACAUUUACGCUAAAAUUUCUUCAUCUUCCAUUCCAAAGGAACUAUUAGUCCAUGUUUCGGACAUCAGAUCAAGCCUUGACAUGCUUCGCCCUGCAAUUAAGCCUCUGAAAGCUGGAAAGUCGCAGCUUGAAGCGUUCGUAACUGCUAUUGAGAAGAUGCUAGAGGUGGCGGACCAGUCAUUAGCUACUACUAGGGUCCUUGAGCAGAAAACUACCAUGGAUGUUGAACUUGAGGAGUGUAAGAAAUCCAAGGGAAGUUUAGAGUCUCAACUUCUGGGAUCUUCCAAAGAGCUUGAAGCCUUGAAAGCUACGAAAUCUGACAUCAUAGCAGAUGAGCAGCGAGUUCAGAAGAGGCGAUCAGAAUAUGAUGCUAAGAGACAAUCUCUUAAAGACAUACAAUCUCUUGAAGACACUCUGCAAGGACUGAUGGAUUCCUUGAAAGAGCAUGAUGAAAGAGGCCAAAAGCUUCAAGAAGAUAGAGCUGCUUAUAUGGCGGAGAAACUCCCGGAGAUUGAGCAGGCUACGGCUUCGUAUAAGUUGGAAACAGAGGCGUAUCAGAGCCUGUUCGAUUCUUUGCUCCCGUUAUUCCAUGUGUGCACCACCCCAGUACAGACUUGAGGUAGUUUAGGAUUCGGUUUUGGGAGCCUGUUCCCACCGUUUGCUCUUUCUAUAGGACUUUUGUUUCCAUUUUCCAUAACUA